AUGGUCUUCGCAAUUCAGUUGCUCGUUAGUGUCAAGGAGUUCAACUUCGGUUUCAGUGGAAUGUCUUUGACAAUGGAGCAAUCUGUGGAGAGCUCAAAGCUGGGACUUGCUGUGAUUGCGGUGUACAAGACCAUCGUCACAUUGAUCAAGGCCUCUAUACUCAUGAUAUACCUUCGCCUGUCUGUUACCAAGGCCUUUGAAUGGCUUUGCAAAGGUAGCAUCUACCUUCUGUUCACGUACCAAGCAAUCGUCAUCCUCAUCAUACCCUUGGAGUGUAUCCCACUUCUCACAUCUGCCUUCCACAUCUUCAUGGACAUAUGGAUCUUACUGCUUCCGUAUAAGCUGAUCUUCUCCAUUCCUCGUCCUACACGAGAGAAAUGGGCAGUCUAUGCCGUCUUCGGUCUCGGUGCCUUUAGCACCAUCUGCGCGGUCGUCCGCUUCUACUUUCUCGUUGUCGCGCUCCACUCCAUGGACCCGUACUACGACUCUCUUGGCGUCAACGUCUGGAGUAUUAUCGAAGUCAAUGUCGGAAUCAUCUGCGCCUCGAUGCCCACUCUCCGCCCGCUCCUUUCCAGAGCUCAGCGCACACGUACGAGACAAGCCUUGAAGAUACCAGAGAAGAGCGAAAAGCUGUCCAGCCCCCGUAGCAGCAAACGAGGAGGUCUAUUGCAAGCAAAGGAGAUGUUCAUCACCUUAGGUACUCUUACUGCCGGGACAUUCAAGAGCUCGAAAGACUCAGUGUACGACGAGGAGGAGUGGCGUGACGAAAAGCCCCCUCCGGUGCCACCUAAGGAUGUGAAGCCACCGAAAAUUUCGUAUCCCGAUAUGGCUUACCGGAGGGUUUGA